AAUGCCUUGGCUAGUCCCACACCAACCUGGUUCUCCUGACAGCAUCUGAUUUGUGAACUGCUCAGUAUCGCUUUGUAUCUUCAAUCUUACAUUUUGCGUGACUCCGUAAACUCCUUCAAUGCUAGUGGCGUGGCUCGAAAAACAGAGCGUCACGGAGACCCUUUGGCUGCCAGGCAUCGCCAAUAGGUUCCCAGAUGCACCGUUUUCUGUCAUAAUCUUUCGGUUACCUCUACUGUGUGACGAGGCUCAUGUCAAAUAACGGAGCUGUAUCUUAUUUCAGGUGGGGUCACGCCAGCUGACUAGUUCGAAUCCGGAUAUCAAAAUAGAGAAUAAUAUUGCUUCGCGUCGUGCAGUCAGCUUACAUGGCGUAUCACCACAGCCUCAUCUUCGGUCUCGGCGGGAUCCCGUUGAUGAAAUCGUCAACGGUCGCGAACGCCGUCAGCGAAAAAGUAGCCAAACCAGGCGGGUUACCAGAACCAGUUCUAGAGCUCGCGAAAAGAGUGUACCAUAACACCAUACCCGCGUCGCUUAGCUUGACAGGAGGCGGAACCAUCGGGCGGAGCGGCGGCGGAACGAUCGGUCGCAGCGGCGGAGGGACGAUUGGCAGACGGAAGAAGUCGAAAAAGGACCAGCUUCCGUUUCCGCCGACGAAGCCUCAGCAAUGCGUUGAAGAAGCCAAGUUCCUGUCGAUCGAGACUGCCGCCAUAAUGCGAAAGCUGCUAUGGCUCUGGUCGACGAUUAGCCCUGAACAGAUCGAACGGCUGCGGACGAACCUCCAGGAGGACAAGGCUGUUCUCACUUACGUUUGCCCUGACCCCGCGCACCUAUGGACUCUAGCAGGCUUAGAGCUGAUGGAGGUCUUAGAGAGGAUGGGCGAGCGGGUGGCGGCAAUGGGCCUCAAGUGCGGGGAGAGGCGGCUACACCAGCUGGCGAAUGUGUUUGGGGAGAUGCGGCACCCCGAGACAGUCUUCUCACACUUCAGGCUCGACGCCCAGGAGCAGGAGACGCUGUUCUGCUUCAUGCAGGAGGAGGUGGAGAAGCUGGGGGACGUGCGGAGCUGCAUGGAGCGACUCAACACUCUGCGAUCCCUGCUAAGGAAGAAGAAGCCUGCACCCGCCACAAGCCUCCUCUCAGAGCUGCAAGCAGUCUCGGCUGAUACGAUGGACGAUGGCAGCAGCGACGGAAAGGGCGAGCCGGAGAAGGAGAGUGACUCGUCCUCUUGGAUGCCUCGGUGCGACCUGCCAGGGGCAGAAGAGAUCCUCAAACUGACGGCAACCAUAUCGGAGCUGCAGAGCCGGUGCCUGUGGUCCGUGGAGCUCGAUCAUGUGGUUAGGCUGCUGGUGCUGGCAAUCAUCCUACUGAGAGACAGAAUCAUAUCCGUCUUUGCCAUCAACGUGCGCUCCUCCGAUGCGUUGACUCGCGAGGACUCACUGGGCCGAGCCGGACUGGCGCUGCGAUACGCCAAGGUCAUCAACCUGGCGGAGAAGCUCAUGAAGUACCCUUUUAUGGCUGCCGGCAAUACAAGGGACGAGCUGUACGGCCUCCUGACCUAUAACACCAAGAAGGACCUCGCUCUGCGCCUCUCCAAGCCUGUCGCCUCCACCAAGUGCAAAGACACCAAGACAAAAGAUGCCGCCAGGGGAAAGAAUGCGGAGAACAGGGACGCUGAUGAGGAUAAGGAUGAGGAGGACGAGGAGGGGGGUGAUGAUGACGAUGAUCAAUUCACAUGGCUCAAGAAGCCCAGUCCGUUGAACGAUCCGCGAGGU